AUGUUCAUCUGGAGAAAAGCCCCCGCGAGGGGCUUGGGGAAGGCUACGCAGAAUCUUCCCAAAUGCGAUGACAAGAUUAAGAUACUGGCAAAAAGCCAACACGCAUAUCUCUCGACCUCGACCACUUAUAUCCGUAAAUCCUCGAGCUCUGCGAAAGAGCGCCAACGCGCAGAACGCCAGCAGCUCACCCGCCUGCUGAAAGAGUCGCCUGGAAAACGCGAUGCACGCAACUUUCUCAAGCAAUUCGACGCACCCAAGAAGAACAAGACUCAAGCCAAGCAAAAUGUUAGUGCAAAAAAAUAUCCCGAAUUAGGGUCAUUGCGGACUGGCGUUAAUUUGGGCGACUUGUACAAGCCGACCGUCUUCACACGCGAACCACUCCCAGAAGAGCAGUAUCAGGCUGGAGAGAAAGAUGAGCCAGUACACUUGGCGCUGGUCAAGCUCCGGCAGCCGCAGACGCUUGACGAUCGUGUACUAGGCGACAUAGCAUUGACGUUGAGCCAAAUGGCUCAGCUUGGUUUCAGCGUGGCAGUGGUACUCGAUUGCGACGAGGACAUGGGUCCAUUCACCACAAACAUCCAGUCCGACUAUGUCAAUAUGGUCCGAGAACAAGCAUUGCGCAUGGUUGCCGCACUAGAGGACUACAAUGAGCCUGGCGCAUUACUCGUCGAGGACGCCCUGGGUUGCACUCCAUUAACAAACAACUUGCCCGGUACCGUUCAAGUCCGUGGAGAAGUACAAGUACAACACAACUAUCUACUCUUUCCGCCCAUUGACGAAGGUGUCAUCCCUAUAAUCACACCUUUUGCAUACGACACAAAUCUGAAGAAAGUCAGAGUCCAAGCAGACGAUGUGUUGCUUGCGUUGAUCCGCGAGUUUUCUGGUAUCGCCAGCUAUGCCAAUGCUAGUGACUCGCAAGACGCUACAGAAAAGAAGACAGCAGAUACGAUUGAUAAGCCCAUCUUGGACCGGGUCAUCAUCCUGGAUCCCCUGGGAGGUAUCCCAUCUGAGAAACGUGCAGAUGGCGCACAUGUCUUUGUUAACCUUGAAGCUGAAUACAACGACAUCAAGCAAGAACUACAGCAGCUUUCGCUGAUGAACGAAACACGUCGUGACAGGACGAACACAUCACUUGGUAGUGGUAAUCCCUUCUCCAAGUUUGUUGAACAACAGGUGGUAGCAUUGCCAGGCACAACGAACGAUCAAUUGGGCAGCUCAGCUCCUAUGCGUCAUCUAAAAAACCUCGAGGUUGUUCAACGCGGUCUGAAGCUGCUACCCCCAUCCUCAUCUGGUCUGAUUCUCACCCCAUUCGAGGCUGCACGAAAGGCCAUACCUGACGAUGCACGAACAACACCAUCGAAAAACCCUCUACUGCACAAUGUCUUGACCGACAAGCCCAUGACUUCUUCAUCGCUACCAACAUCGCCCACGUCCAAGUUUCUAGGAUCUGCCGCCCCGAACCCAGCUACAUUCUUCAAAAAAGGCAUUCCACUUACCAUGAUACCCGAUCCGCGGACUCAGGGGCCCUGGCAGCCGCCCUCCGCCGCAAAUCCAAGCAUCGACCUGGCAAACGACCCGCGCAUCAACUUUCCCAAGCUCGUGGAUCUCAUUGACGAUUCUUUCCGAAGAAAGCUUCACCCCCAGAACUACCUCGACCGGAUCCGUGGUCGUGUCGCCGGCAUCAUCAUAGCAGGUGACUACGAAGGUGGUGCAAUUUGUACAUGGGAGACGCCCAGAUCCCUCCAGGGACUUGAUCUACCUCCUUCUCCGUCGCACGACUCGCCAUACUGGAUCCCCUAUCUCGACAAGUUCGCCGUUCUGACAUCAUCCCAAGGCUCAGGCGGCGUCUCAGAUAUCGUCUGGGCGGCACUUACACGCACGUGCUUUCCCGAGGGGGUCGUGUGGAGGAGCCGGACUAGCAAUCCAGUUAACAAGUGGUACCAGGAGAGGAGCAAGGGUAUGUGGAAUCUACCUGGCGGUCAGUGGACUAUGUUUUGGACCACGCAGGGUGUAGAGGAGGGAUGGACGGCUGAGAAAUGGAGUAGUGCGGAGGCGGAGAAGAGGAUGCGGAUGAGGCGGUGGGAUGCGUAUGUAGAUGUUUGUAGUGGGAUUGAGCCGAGUUGGGCAGAUGGUAUUCAAAGAGCAGAUUGA